AUGUUUGUGGUACAUGGUGUCGUCGUUGGGCUUGUCCUUGGAUUUCUGAUUUACGUCGGUCUCAAGAUACUUGGCAGUGCCUCAAACCGAGCCCCUCUUCCCCCGGGACCGAAAGGCUUUCCCUUGGUAGGGAAUCUGAACGAUCUUCCACCGCCGGGCGUGUUUGAGGCUCAUCACUGGUUGAAGUUCAAGGACCUCUAUGGGACGACCUCCAAUGGAAACGGAGUACCCAGUGAGCCAUCUGCUGACAGCAACCAGGGCCUAUCAGCUCUAUCACGACCCAAGCUUGUGAUGGCAGGCGAAAUGGUUGGUUGGAAGAACUCACUUGGCUUCUCACCACACAACGAUCGCUUCAGAAUGCAUCGGAAGAACAUGGCCCGUAUCAUCGGCUCCAAAAGGGCCGUGACAAAAUAUGAUAGGCUACAAGAAGCUGAGGUUGCUCACUUUCUACUUCAUAUCUUGGACGACCCAGAGAGGUUCUUGGACCAUGUCAGGAAGGAGGCGGGCUCAGUCAUUCUGAAAAUCGCUUACGGAUAUACAGCCGAGCCAUUGAAGGAAGACAGUCUCAUCAGCAUGGUUGACCAGGCCAUGGAUGAUAUAGCAGCAGCAGGUGUCCCUGGCGCGUUUCUAGUUGAUAUACUGCCCCUUUUGCGAUACGUACCAGACUGGGUUCCAGGCGCGAGCUUUAAGAGGCUUGCAAAAAAGUGGUCUUCGGAACUCAAUGAUCUUAGUGAGAAGCCGUAUGCUUUUGUCAAGCACCAACACGCCUUGGGCAAGCAAGAUAACUCGUUUGUCUCACGGCUUCUUGAAGUGGCAGAUUCGACUGAGGAAGCGAGAUUUACGAUCAAGUGGUCUGCCUUGUCACUGUACGCUGCCGGGGCUGAGACGACUGUCUCCUCCAUUUUUUUCUUCUUUCUGGCAAUGAUAUUGUAUCCCGAUGUUCAGAAGAAGGCUCAAGAGGAGAUUGACGGCGUGAUCGGCAACGAGAGACUACCUGAUUGCUUAGAUUGGCCAAGUCUUCCCUAUGUCAAUGCGAUAGUUAAGGAGGUUCUUCGAUGGCAUCCAAUCGUCCCUAUGGGGCUGCCCCAUACAAGCACUGUAGAUGAUGUGUUUGAAGGGUACUUUAUUCCCAAAGACGCAAUUAUCAUGCCCAAUAUCUGGUAUUUUGCUCAUGACCCUGAGGUCCACCAAGACCCAAUGCGCUUCAACCCGGAGCGCUUCUUGUCUACCGACGGCAAUCCACCUGAACAAGAUCCGCACACGUACACAUUCGGCUUCGGGCGCCGCGUAUGCCCGGGGCGUGUCUUAGCCGACAAUGCAUUGUUCCUCAACAUCGCCCAGUCACUCGCUGUAUUGCAUAUCAGAAAAGACGAGAAUGGUGCCCAACCUGAACUCCUAUUUACUCCCGGGAUGAUCAGCCACCCGGAGCCGUUCAAAGCCGCUAUUACGCCAAGAUCGCCACACCACGAAGAGCUAAUCCGGUCAUUGGAGCAGCAGUUUCCCUGGGAACAGAGCGACAGCCAUAUCAUAGAGAAGAUGCAGCGCCAAGGAUCGUGA